AUGGUAUUUGAAUCGGAGCUGCUUCUGCAGAGGCGGCUGGCAACUACAGCGCUCAAGCAGCCUAAGGAGUUGGGGUACUACUCUACUAAUGUGGGUGGAGAGCUUAAAGUCAUGGACGAAUCAAACCUGUCGUAUUACUAUUUGCCCGACGCCGACAUCGAGAAACAUAUCGAUCUUUCCGCGGGCGCGCGGAAGUUCCAAGACGAGCAGGCAGAGGCGGAAGAUGACACAGGAUCGCUGCACGGCCUGUUACAGACGCUGAUGGAGUACGAGCGGCGGAAGAGCAAAAAAGUCAACGCGGACAUCAUCGCGUUCAGGGGGCAGGUGAAGCGGCUGAUCCAUUGUGCGUUUGGAGGUCACGCCACGGACGUGGACAUGUACGUGAUGAGCUUCGACGGGCAGCUCUUCAUUCGUGCGGCACGCAAGAAGCUUGAGUUCCCGACGUCUCCGCGGGAGAGUUGGGCGUACCUUGCGUAUUACAGCGGAUACAAAUUCGAGCGCAUGGCGCUCCUGGACCGUCCGGUGGCCGAAACUCCGCGCGAGGUUCUGGAGAGCCGCGGCAAACAGGUCGUCCGCAACGGCCCGCAAUACAAGACUGUGGUGAGGACCGGCGUCGGGGAGCACAAGCUGGUGCUCGGGGCUGAGGUCGACGGCAUCUUUGACUUCCGCGAGCCUACGGGCGACAACCUGAAGCACUACGUGGAGCUGAAGGUGGCCAAGAAGGUGCAGACGCUCAAAGACGCAACCAACUUCGAGCAAAAACUUUUCUCUGUGUGGCUGCAGUGCUUUCUGGUGGGCAUCAACAGGGUUAUUAUUGGAUUCCGGGAUGAGAAAUUCGUCCUGAAGAGCGUCGAGGAGUUCAGUACGUCCGAGAUCCCGCUGCUGCUCAAGUCCACGGGACUGCGCAACGCGUGUGUGGACGCGAUAAAGUGGUAUGGUGCUCUUACGAAGUGGCUAUGUGAGCUUCCGCGGGGCCCCGAAGACGACUUCAAGCUAUACAGGCUCUCCUGCUCGCGUGGUGCUUUACAUCUGCGCCAGCUGCACGACGAAGACCUCGCGAAUGGGGACGAUAUUAUUCCUGGUUGGUUCCGCGAGUGGAGGCGGUCGCUCAGUAAAUCACACGGUAGUUAA